GCACAUCGGUCUACUUAGGAGAACAGCUAUUACAAACUCCUCAGCUCCUUAAAGCAUGUUGUUGUAAUUUCCUGCUGUAGUGUAGGGUUUUCUUUUUUUUAAAUUUUAUUUAUUUAUUUAUUUUUUAAUGCUGUCAGAAUAUUUUACCACACUUAAAAAAUUACUUUUUAAACGCAUACACGGUGUUUGUGGCUGGUGACCUGUCGGGGGAUGGCUCAGGCCGAUGGCAAGGCCCUGGCUCUGGGAGUCCUGGCUGGAGCCGCAGGGAUCAGCCUGGCUGCUGUCUGGUACCAGAGCCGGAGGGCCAUGACCACUGGAGAGGGGCCGGGUACCUGUUGCCCUGCGCUGUAUGCCAGCGGCAGCGCAGGCCAGGCAGAGGUGUUGCAACAGCUGACGUCCCUCAUCCAGUGCGUGUCCGAGCUGAAAGAGGAGGUGAGGGCUCUGAAGGAUGCUCUGCCGCACCUACAGGACCAUGUCAGAGACGAGCUGAGGGAGCGGGCCGGGUCCCGCCGGGCCAGCCCUUACAACAGAACCACGCCCACAAGGAGGAAGAGGUCCAGUGGAGUGGUCCGAGCCGAGGGACUGAGUUCAGAGGAGGGGGAGAGUGAAGGAGGGUAUAUGACAGCCCUGACUGAUUCUGAAGAGGAAGGCCAGAGAGAGGAAGACUGCCAAGCCCAGGAGCGGGUGGACGAGCUCACUGCCCUGUUACGCAGAGCUGACGGACUGCAUGAGAGUAGAGGAGCUCAAAAGAUGGAAGGCCUACCCACUCUGCUGGAGAGGAGAGAAGAGUUUGAUCAAAAGUGUCAGUAUCUAUGGCGGCUUACCAGAGCCUAUGCUGAUGCCCACGACCUGACUGCGGAUUCUCUUGAGAAAAAGACGUAUGCCGAAAAGGGAAAGCAAGUUGGCGCGCAGGCCAUUUCCUUGAAUCCACUGUGUGCUGAAAGUCAUCAGUGGUACGCUAUUCUUUGUGGACUUCUCUCAGAAUACGAAUCUGUCCAGAAUAAGAUAAAGAAUGGCUAUCUUUUUAAGGAUCAUCUGGAUAAAGCCAUUGAACUGAACCCUCAUGAUCCAUUGUCUUAUUACCUGAUGGGACGCUGGUGCUAUGCCGUGGCUCAGUGCACAUGGAUUGAGAGAAAAAUUGCUGCUGCACUGUUUGGGGAGCCUCCGAGUGCAAGCAUCGGGGAUGCUUUACAGAAUUUCCAAAAGGCGGAGGAGAUCUGUCCGAAGUACUCUAAGUUUAACUAUGUGUUUUUAGCCAAGUGCUACAAAGAUCUGGGACAGAAAAGCCAAGCCAAAAUGAUGUGUGACUGUGCAUCUGCGAUGGGCCUAGUGUCUAAAGAGGAUGAGGAAGCGCAGAAGGAGCUGGACUCACUUCUCCUGUCACUUCAGUGAAGCCAUGACCUUCAUGGUUCCUCAUGGCUUUGCUCCUUGGGUGCUGUUGGUCAUAAUGGCAUCGACUCAAGUUUUGACCGUGACUGUUAUUUUUUCUCUCUCUCUCAUCCUUCUGUUGACCUUGGACUACGAUUUCCGCUAGACACGACUGCACUUUGUCGACCACUAUGUUGAGUGUAUGUGUCGAGUACAGCGGAUAUACUGUAGACUCCGGCUGGCAUUGUCAUUUUGACAACAAAAAAAGGUUGCACAAAUUAUAUCUGCCCUUACAGUAGACUUCCAGUCUGUAUUGAUUGCCACAGUUGGUUUUCGAACCUUCACAAUUGGAUUUCAGACCUUCACAGUUCCUGCUUAUUACAAUGGUUGUGCGUAACACACACUGCUGGUGGAGAGCACUACCAGGUGUGUCACUUUGCAUGUUAAGGUAGUCUGGAGUCCUGUAACACCAAUAUUGUGUUUCACUCCCUUUCUUUUCACUCUUUUCUGUUUCUAUCAUAUUCCAGGGGCAACAACAAACAAGCAAACAAAACAAGACUCGGAUACAAAAGCAACACAAAGUGCAUCACCCCGUGGGCACAUAGCUACAGUUAACAUUUGGUACCUUCUCCUUUUCUCGGAACGUUUGUGUCACUUAAUUAUAGCAGGUGAAAGGCCUGCUGGUCUGGUUCUCAUCCCUUUCUUGUGCACUGGUGGCACUCUGUUGGUUUAAGAGCACAACACUCAAACAUAUCGCUGACUUGAUUUUGUAUAUCUUAUUGCUAGUUUUGUUAACCAGAGUUGUGCUCGUAUCAGUGUCUUUGUUUAAGUAAGCUAACAGCUGAGCUAAAAAGUAUUGGCUCAAACCUUUGAAGCUCUUGAUCCUGACAGGGCAAUGCUACUUUAACAGUUGUUUUAACAUUUUCCUGUGAAAGAUCAUCCGGUAUUAAGAAUAGAGGAGGCUUAAUAUUGUUGUCUUUAGCCU